AGUUGGAUAAAAAAAGGCAUCCUGUGGACCCUCACACGCCUAAACGAAUGCAAAGCGCUGUGAAUUGUACUCCUAACGAAGCAAAGCAACUACAAUCUUGAAAUCCAGAAAUCGAGAUAUCGGGAGGGGAAGAAAAAUGGAAGAGAUGAAGCAAAUACUGUCCAACAAAGUCGAUAAAUCACAAAUCAAACCAGGCGAUCACAUCUAUACAUGGCGUACAGCUUGGCUCUACGCUCAUCACGGCAUAUACAUGGGUGAUGAAAAAGUGAUCCAUUUCACACGCAGCGGGGGGCAAGAAAUUGGGACAGGAACAGUGUUGGACCGCGUUCUCCUAAGCUCAUCCCCCUCAAACUCAGACGGCGACCCAUGCCCGAAAUGUGGGGACCAGUCAAAAGCAGAAGGCGUCAUCGCUUCGUGCUUAGAUUGUUUUUUAUCUGGAGACGACCUUUAUCUAUUCAAAUACUCAGUCUCCACCGCUAUUUUUCUCGCAAAAGCGCGAGGUGGAACUUGCACUCUUGCACGUUCCGAUCCUCCCGAUGAUGUCAUCUAUCGCGCUCAGUUCCUACUAGAAAAUGGUUUUGGAGGAUACAAUAUCUUUAAGAAUAAUUGUGAGGAUUUUGCAAUCUACUGUAAGACUGGAUUGUUGGUUUUCACUACUAUUAGUGUAGGGCGUAGUGGGCAGGCGGCGUCUUUUUUAGCCGCCACUAGUGCGAUUGUCUCGUCUCCGCUUCGGUACUUGACCACUAGUUUUCCCGGUUUGGCGGUUGUUGGGUGUGGGAUUUAUUGUAUUAGUAGGGUUGUUGCUGACAUUGGGAUGCGUCGUGAUGUGAUUAAAAUCCCAGUUGAGAGGCUUGUUCGUGGCUCAAUCUUAGCUGAGGCUAUGGAGCCAGAAGCGUGUGUGAAGAAGCUUGAAGUGGCUCAAGUUCAAGUUGAGCGGCUCGAGGAGGCUCGAGCUGUGGUUGAGGAACCGAAGGUGGCUCAGGAUGUUGUUGCAACUGAUAAGGGAGAGUAGGAUAUUGUUAUUGCUAUAUUGGAUGUUUACAUGUUUGUUUGACCUUUUGACUAUGAUGUGGAAAUGUGUUGGGAUUCUUGACUGAAAAAAGUGUGAUUGGUUACAUCUUAUAACGGCUUGUGUGAUUUUAGUUGGAUUGUGUUGUGUGAAGCCACUCUUAAUUAUGCGACACUAUCUUGUUGUGGGUGUGGGAGGC